AUGCCACCACCAAUAGUGCAAGAUCACCAAGUUGAAGAUCGAACAAUUGCACUGAUGAAAGAGUUUAAAAAGAUGAAACUGCCAUUGUUCAUAGGAGGAAUUGACCCACUCAAAGAAGAGGCAUGGGUGCUUGGCAUUGAAAAACUAUUUGAAGUCUUUCCGUGUACUGAGGCACAAAAAGUCCUACUUGCUGCUUUUACACUAGAGGAUGAAGCGUGCAGAUGGAAUGUGUCAGAGUUUGAAAACUUGAAGCAAGGAAAUAAAACUGUAGUAGAGUAUGAAACACAAUUCACUAAACUAGCCUGUUUCGCACCGCACAUGGUUGAUACGGACUAUAAAAAGGUAAAGAAAUUUGAGGGAGGACUCCGGUAUCCCAUUCUAGAGAAGAUUGAUGUUUUGAAGCUGCCAAAAUAUGUUAAUGUAUUGGAUAGGGCCCUAAUGUCUGAAACUAACAUGGCUAACUGCAACCAUACUUCUGGUUCUAUUCGCGAUUCAGCACCAACUUGCCCAGAGUGUGGAAAGAAACAUCGGGGAGUUUGCUACCGAACAACCGGGGCUUGUUUUAAGUGUGGGAAAACGGGUCAUGUGGUGAAGAAUUGUCCUUUGAUUGAACAACAAAAUGUGAACAGGCCAACUGCUAGUUCAACCAGUUCCACUCCUACAACGAAGGCUACUGCGAAACCUGCUACUACUGGAGACAAUGUUAGGCAAGGAAGAGUCUUUGCCCUAAUUCCAGGCGACACUAAAAAUAUAGAGGCUGUAGUCUCAGGUACACUCUUCAUUAAUGGUCAACCUACUCAUGUGUUACUUGAUUCGAGUUCCACCCAUUCAUUUGUUUCAAAAGCAUUUGCUAGUAAUUUGAAUCGACCUUUGGAACCAUUGGAUUACAUGUGUGUGUCUUUGCCAUCUGGGGGUUCUAUGUUAUGUGCUUUUAUUUAUAAUGCAUAUGAGAUUCUAAUUGAGGAUAUUCAAUUAUAUGUUAAUUUGAUGCCUCUUGAUAUGGAUCAUUUUGACAUAAUUCUUUGA